GAAGAAGCGGAAGAAGAUGGCGCUCACCAGCUUUUUACCUGCGCCUACUCAGCUAUCUCAGGACCAACUUGAAGCUGAAGAAAGGGCAAGAUCUCAGCGAUCACGGCAGACCUCUCUGGUCUCCUCUCGAAGGGAACCUCCCCCUUACGGAUACAGGAAAGGCUGGAUUCCGAGACUGUUAGAGGAUUUUGGAGAUGGAGGUGCUUUCCCAGAAAUCCAUGUGGCCCAGUAUCCUCUGGAUAUGGGGCGAAAGAAAAAAAUGUCAAAUGCACUAGCCAUUCAGGUGGAUCCAGAAGGGAAAAUCAAAUAUGAUGCAAUUGCUCGACAGGGACAGUCCAAAGACAAGGUCAUUUACAGCAAAUACACUGACCUGGUUCCAAAGGAGGUUAUGAAUGCAGAUGACCCAGACCUGCAAAGGCCUGAUGAAGAGGCAAUUAAAGAGAUAACAGAAAAGACAAGAGUCGCCUUGGAGAAGUCUGUGUCGCAGAAGGUUGCUGCAGCCAUGCCAGUUCGUGCAGCUGACAAGCUGGCUCCUGCUCAGUAUAUCCGCUACACACCAUCUCAGCAAGGAGUAGCAUUCAAUUCUGGAGCUAAACAGAGGGUUAUUCGGAUGGUAGAAAUGCAGAAAGACCCAAUGGAGCCACCAAGAUUCAAGAUUAAUAAGAAAAUCCCCCGGGGACCACCUUCCCCUCCAGCACCUGUGAUGCACUCUCCUAGUCGGAAGAUGACUGUGAAGGAGCAGCAGGAGUGGAAGAUCCCUCCAUGUAUUUCCAACUGGAAGAACGCUAAGGGGUAUACGAUUCCAUUAGACAAACGGCUAGCCGCUGAUGGAAGAGGACUUCAGACUGUCCACAUAAAUGAAAACUUUGCCAAACUGGCUGAAGCGCUAUACAUUGCUGAUCGGAAGGCUCGAGAAGCAGUGGAAAUGCGAGCCCAAGUAGAGAGAAAGAUGGCUCAAAAAGAAAAGGAGAAACACGAAGAGAAACUUAGAGAAAUGGCCCAGAAAGCCAGAGAAAGAAGAGCUGGGAUCAAAACCCAUGUGGAAAAAGAGGAUGGAGAAGCCCGUGAGAGAGAUGAAAUCCGUCAUGACAGGCGAAAAGAGAGGCAGCAUGACCGGAACCUCUCCAGGGCAGCUCCUGAUAAGAGGUCAAAACUACAGAGAAAUGAAAAUCGAGACAUCAGUGAAGUCAUUGCUCUUGGUGUGCCCAAUCCUCGAACUUCCAAUGAAGUUCAGUAUGACCAAAGGCUCUUCAACCAAUCCAAGGGUAUGGACAGUGGAUUUGCAGGUGGAGAAGAUGAAAUUUACAAUGUUUAUGAUCAGGCCUGGAGGGGUGGCAAAGACAUGGCUCAGAGUAUCUACAAGCCCAGUAAAAAUCUGGACAAGGACAUGUAUGGUGAUGACCUGGAAACCAGGAUAAAGACCCACAGAUUUGUUCCUGAUAAGGAGUUUUCUGGUUCAGACCGUAGACAGAGGGGCCGAGAAGGACCAGUUCAGUUUGAAGAAGAUCCUUUUGGUUUGGACAAGUUUUUGGAAGAAGCAAAACAGCAUGGUGGUUCUAAAAGACCCUCAGAUAGCAGUCGCCCCAAGGAACAUGACCAUGAAGGCAAGAAGCGGAGGAAGGAAUAGAGCGGCCUCUUGUUACUAAAUCU